AAAGCUGGAAUAAGCCAUGAAUCCUCUCCAGCGGAGGAGCCAGCCCUGCAGGAGUCUGGCCUUGCCCUCGGAGCUUUGCCUGUGGCUGCGUUAGAGCCGCGCUCGGGGCGGGCGCAGGGAACGCCCAGACGAUGUUCAGCCGGAAUGGUGCCCGCAGUGAGGGAUAUGUCCAAGAGCUCUUCCAUGAGGAAGCACAGCAGGUGUCUCAAACCCAGACCAAGCCCUGGUGGAAGAUCCAGCUGUUUGUAUGGGAGCCGGUGCUCUUCGGGACGUGGGACGGGGUCUUCACCUCCUGCAUGAUCAACAUUUUUGGAGUGGUUCUUUUCCUGAGGACAGGAUGGCUUGUGGGAAACACUGGCAUUGUAAUGGGCAUGUUUCUGGUGUCCUUUGUCAUUCUGGUUGCCCUGGUGACAGUCUUGUCUGGAAUUGGGGUGUGUGAGAAGUGCAGCAUUGGAAGUGGAGGAGUCUACUCCAUGAUUUCUACUGUCCUUGGAGGUCAAGUAGGGGGCACCAUUGGCCUCCUUUACAUUUUUGGCCAGUGUGUUGCAGGUGCCAUGUACAUCACUGGCUUUGCAGAGUCCAUUGCAGGUGUGCUGGGCCUCAGCAACAUCUGGGCAGUGCGUGGCAUCUCCCUGGCUGUCCUGCUCGGCCUGCUGGGAAUCAACCUGGCUGGGGUCAAGUGGAUCAUCAGGCUCCAGCUCCUGCUGCUCUUCCUGCUGGCUGUCUCAACGCUGGACUUUGUCAUUGGGUCCUUUACACAUCUUGAUCCAGAGCACGGCUUCGUGGGCUACUCCGAAGAGCUGAUGUUCAACAACACGCUGCCCGACUACAGCCAGGGGGAGUCCUUCUUCACUGUUUUUGGAGUGUUUUUCCCAGCUGCCACAGGUGUGAUGGCUGGGUUCAACAUGAGUGGAGAUCUCCAGAAGCCUUCUUCCAACAUCCCUGUGGGGUCUCUGGCUGCUAUUGGCACCUCGUGGUUUCUGUACAUGGUCUUUGUGUUUUUGCUGGGAGCCGUUUGCACCCGUCAGUCACUCCGCUAUGACUUCAUGAUAGCAGAGAAGGUAUCCUUGGUGGGUUUUUUGUUUUUGCUAGGGCUGUACAUCUCAUCCCUGGCCUCCUGCAUGGGAGGGCUGUAUGGAGCACCCAGGAUCCUGCAGUGCAUCGCCCAGGAGAAUGUGAUACCUAUGCUUGCCUUCCUUGGACGUGGGAAAGGCCCCAACAAGACUCCAGUGGCUGCGAUUUGCUUAACAAGUCUCAUCACCAUGGCUUUUGUCUUCGUUGGGCAAGUGAACGUUCUUGCUCCCAUAGUCACCAUCAACUUCAUGCUGACAUAUAUUGCUGUGGACUAUUCCUAUUUCUCACUAUCCUUGAGCUACAACAUUCAGCAGAAACCUGAAGAGACCCAGAUGGGAGCUGCUAGACCUGCUCACUCUUCACAGCCUUUAAUUUUCAAUAAGCCCCCCAGCCCUGCCUCAGAUGGGGUAAUUCAAAGCAGAUCAAAUGGCACCUUGCUGGAAUUCAAAAAAGACAUGGACCAGCUUUUUAAACCAUUUUUUAGUGAGCCAAGUACUUGCAAAAGAGAAGGAGCUGAGAAUUUAACCCGAAAGGACAAACAGAAGAAGGCAAAGAAGCCAGCCAAGCAGACAUUACAGGACAGCUUUCUCCUGGACCUCCAGCACGACGCUCCCCUGGCUCAGCACAGCUGGGAUGAGACCACAGAGCCCCAGGAGAGGCAGCAGGACGUGGAUGAGCAGGGCGGGCAGUGGGAUGCAGGGGGACCUGCUGGGGAUGCCCAGCACACACCCAGGAUGCUGGAGCAGAGGGAAGAGCUCUGCAGGGAAGUGGUGAUGCUCCCUGGCCCGAGGGGAGAAGAAUCAUCUAUAAAGCAGCAAAAUCCAGAACGAGAAAUCCAGCAAAUACCAGAAUCCUUCUACUCCAGAUUUUUUAGUCACUGGAUUUCCUUUGCUGGUGCAAUCGUGUCCCUCAUCAUAAUGUUUGUCAUUCAGUGGAUCUACACCCUUGUCAGCCUGGGAGCAGCAGUUAUUCUCUAUUUCUAUAUUGGCCAAGUGAGCCCAGGACUCCCUCUUGGAGCAGCAGCAAAUUUCAGUUUCUUUGGCUGGAUUAAGUCGAUUUUGAUCACUUCAUGCAGGAGAAGGCCAGGUCCCCAGGAGCAGAUUGUGGUGACACCAUCCUUUGCAACAGUUGGGAUGGAGACCAGGCAGCUCAACGAGGAGAACGCAGACUUCGCCUGGCGGGACCGCUACCACCAGUCCUCGCUCAUCAGCAGGGAGGAAUUCGGGAGCCAGUUCCAGUGAAGGACACACACACAUCAAAAAAUCAAUCCCUCACUUCAAAAAGCAUUUUGAAGUGCUAAUGGCUGCCACGGGUGCCUUUUGAUAUACUUGAAUAUAUGCACAAAGGAUGUGAAUAGCUAUUUAUGUGCUUAAGGGUUGUUUGUUUAUGCAAACGACGACAUUGCUGGGCUUCAAACCUUGUCCAAACUGAGGGGGAAAAUGGAAAUGAAAGGGCCAGUCCAGGGAAGUGAUGAGUUACUGAAGACAGUACAACCCUUCUAAAGAAUUCAGUUAUAAGCCCUAUUGAGUUCUAAAAAUGGCUGCUGCUCUAAAAGCUUACACCACCCCAUUUCAGAUGUCCUCUGGGUGACUGGGGAUGCUCUGCCUGGGAGCAGUGAUGCUGACAGCAGGAGCUGUGCCCCACUCCCAGCUGUGCCACAAUGGAUGCGACCUUCCAGGUCAAUUCACUUCUCCUCUAGGCAUGAAUUUCCCUGCUUGGAAUACAGUAACUUUCUACCUCAGCAUUUCAAUUAUCAAGGUCUUAGAAAGUAUUUUAAUGCAUUAGACAAUAGGCCAGAAUCAGUGGCAAGUACGAGAAGAUUAUGAAGUAUAUUCACAACUAAAAUCGCACAUUUAAAUGCAGUAAUGCAUGGUAAUGACCUCCUCUGUAAAACUGUGAAAUUAUGUCUUGGAAGCUGUUCUUAGUUAUUUCCCACACCCUUUCUGAUGUGAGAGCUGAUACCUGAUGAAAUAGCUGGGCCCACUUAGAGCAUCUCCUGGCUGAAGGGACAGAUGGUUCAGAAUUGCUUUAGCAAAACCAGUUCAGCCCCAGCACCACACAUCAGUUCUGACAUUAUGAGGAGGGGGAAAUCACUGCCUUUCACUUUGUUUCAUCUCUAAUAAUUUCAGCCCUUGGAUUAUUUAUUUCUCCUCUGUGCAAUAAAAGCCUGAAACACCAGGAACUCCC